CAGAUCGGUGUGGUGGUGUGUUGUGCUCGGACAAUGGCGACAUCUAUCAAUCCCAAAAUCGCUAUCAUCAGCAUUAUCCUGCUAAUUUGUAUAUCGAGUCUCAUCCGAGAAUCGAACGCCAUGCCCCCGUGGUUGUCAAAGACUAGCGGAGUUUUCACGGAGUCAGCUGAAUGUCACACAGAUGACGAGCUCCUAGACCUCUGUCAAAGAUGCGCCAAGCUAACAAAGUCCAGACUCGCCUACCCCGCGUGCUGCUCCACAGACCUCCAGGCGAGGAAGUGGUGCUCUGAUUAUGUCUACUUCGGCCGGGGACAGUAUGACUUUUAUUUGAUUUAGAAUAUUUAACGCACAUGAAAAAGGUAUCUAUA